AUGUCUUUUCGCGGAGGCGGUCGUGGUGGCUUUUCUAGCCGUGGCGGAAGCUUUGGUGGCCGUGGAGAGAUGGGUACUUUCAUGCACGCCUGUGAAGGCGAAAUGGUUUGCGAAUCGAUCAACCCCAAGAUCCCGUACUUCAACGCCCCCAUUUAUCUGGAGAACAAGACCCCUAUUGGCAAGGUCGACGAAAUCCUGGGCCCUAUCAACCAGGUGUAUUUCACCAUCAAACCGCAAGAAGGAAUUGUCGCAACCUCUUUCAAGCCUGGUGACAAGGUUUUUAUUGGCGGUGAUAAGCUUCUUCCUCUUGAAAAGUACGGAUGUUAUUGCGAUCGUUCCAAACCAAAGAAGACUAUCGGUGGUGCUCGUGGAGGUAUGCGCGGCGGGCGUGGUGGACGUGGUGCACCCCGAGGUGGUCGCGGCGGCGCCCCAAGAGGCCGUGGUGGUCCUCGGGGUGGAAGCUUUGGAGGCUUCCGUGGUGGUAGCGCCAUGCCUUCGACCUCGUCUACAAACAGCGGUGUCCGGCCGGCCGGAGAUGGAGGCCAGGAAAAGCAGAAAAUGCUCCUUUCGUCCGAGACUGGCCAUUUCAGUCUGGUCAGGGCAUUGCAUCUAGCAGAUCUGGUUACUGAACUCAACGUCAUGUCCGUCCUUUCAUCUAUGCGAUACUGCCUCGGGGAUCCCCAUGAGUACGGUGCUAUCUGGAUUGCCCUCGGGCUGAUGCCCUUGGGGCUUUUUUUUGAUUUCAUGGAUGGAAGGAUUGCGCGAUGGAGGAACAAGUCGUCUUUGAUGGGACAGGAGCUUGACUCUUUGGCAGACUUGAUUUCUUUCGGUAUGUCCCCGGCUGCAGUGGCAUUCGCUAUCGGAAUCCGCACUCCCCUCGACCACUUACUCCUCGCGUUCUUUGUGCUCUGCGGCCUUACCCGUCUCGCUCGAUUCAAUGUGACUGCUGCCGUUCUGCCAAAGGAUAAGACAGGCAAAUCCAAAUAUUUUGAAGGGACUCCCAUCCCAACCACGUUAUCGAUCGCGUCAUUGAUGGCUUAUUGGGUAUCGAACGGGUGGAUUCUAGAAGAUCUUCCGCUGGGCGUUGUUGCUCAAGGCACCAUCUUCGAAUUCCACCCGAUUGUUCUAUUGUUUGUUCUGCAUGGAUGCCUCAUGGUCAGCAAGACGCUCCAUAUUCCGAAGCCAUAG